AUGGAUACACCGUCGUUUCUUGCGGUUGGUGUACCGCUGUUGGUGCUAGUGCUAAUCCUUUUGAUGUUGUCUGUGUUCUAUAUACCCACAGUUCCAGAACAUCCCUACUCACAUUACAUUCGACUCAUUGUGUUCGUACAAGUCGUGAUUCUAUGCUAUCAGCUUUUAUGGACCGUUACACGGGUUUUGGUCCGUAGCGGGCGGUAUCAAAAACUACCCGAGUCUUGUCCUUCAGGGUUUGUUGAUAAGUUUCUAAAACCUAUCGUCGGAGAGAUGUCAAGAUUGUCCGUCAUUACCUUAGCAAGCACAUUGGGAGGCCCCAAUUUUCUGAUUGACAUUUACUCUGUCUAUGUGGUAGCCUUUGUCUACUCAGCCAACUUUUGCGCAGCCUAUGUCAUGACGUUUUCUCCAUUGCAUUACAAACAACGUUACGAGAGAUUUCUCCAUCAACAUAGCAUUUACACUUCGUCCAAACCCGGGCCCAAAUUACCACAGCCUUCAUAUACGACUCUAAAAGAUACAGAUUUGUAUCUGCUAGCAGCAGAAGUGGAACCGAAACCUACUUUCAAUUUAGACUCUUUUCGCCCGCUUCACAAACUCAGUCAUUCCAAACUGAUGCCCGUCUUGGUACAAAACUCACAACAAGCUCAUCUCAAUAUGAUUGACCGCUUAUAUUCUGUGUCUCCCAAGAAUACCCUUCAUCUUCAAAUCGAAUCGGACACCAAAUGGGUGCCCUCGAUUGAUAAUUUGCAUGCUAUGGAUCAACAUUCAGAAGAACCGUCUAUUAUAGAGUAUACUCAGCCCGAGAAUUUUGAAGCUCAUUUUAACUGUCAUGAAUUUAAUUCUGAUGGUGCCUCAUUUACGUCAUCCUCAAGCAGUGAUGCGGAGACUUUAAAGAGCCGUUCACCGGUUGGUACAGUGCGAAGUGCUUUAAAAUGGUUUAACUGGCUUUUGCCAUUGCCAAGCUCAUUCCAGAAUCAACAAUUCCAGCCAUCACCUCAUGAAGUGAAACGCUUCAUUAAUAAGAAACUAUCCUCAUUUACAUUGAAUAGUGAGACGGCUACCUUAAAGUCGCAUGGCUUGAGAUCUCUGUACGGUGCUAUUGACCUUGAGAACCAGUCCUAUUCCAUCAAUGACACAUCUGAAAAUGUACACGAAUUCUACAAGUUUGCGGCCUUCUCCAAUAAGUACUUCGACGCAUCUUCUUCACAUUCAACUGACUCUAAUGCCAGUAUUGACCCUUCCUUUCUCAGGUUUGGGAUCUUGCUUUCAAAGCUAUCCGUGUUCCAAUUUGUACUUUACGGAAUCACCAAUGGCUUACGUCAUUUUGCAUACACUCUAAUAUUGUCCUCAUUGUUCUUAAACCCAAGUUUUGCAAGUCUGUCGCCAUGCUUAGUGGUUUUGAUGAUGAUUGCUAAGUUAUUCUCAAACAAUUAUCUACAUCAACAGUCUACGCUCUCCCACAGAAUCACCACUGCUAUUGAUUUCUUCAUCACACUCGCUUUAUUCAUAAUCGUCUAUUGUUCCUUAUUUGGGUAA